AUGAAGUCCGUCGCUGCUCUCGCCCUUACCGCCUCCAUGGCCAACAUGGUUGCCGGCCACGCCAUCUUCCAGCAACUCUGGGUCAACGGUGUUGACCAGGCGUCCAGCUGCGUCCGCAUGCCCGCCUCCAACUCCCCCGUCCAGGACCCCACGUCCAACGACAUGCGCUGCAACGCAAACUCGGCCGCCGCCACCAGCACCUGCGGCGUCAAGGCCGGCGACACCAUCACCGUCGAGAUGCACCAGCACAACACCCGUGCCUGCUCCGAGGAGGCCAUCGGCGGCGCCCACCACGGCCCCGUCAUGGUCUACCUGAGCUCCGUCGCCGACGCCGCCACCGCCGACGGCUCCAGCUCCUUCUUCAAGAUCUUUGAGUCGGGCUACUUCGCCAACAACAACACCUGGGGUAACGACCUCAUCAACGAGGGCUGCGGCAAGCAGAAUGUCGUCAUCCCCUCUGACAUCGCCCCUGGUGACUACCUGCUCCGCGCCGAGACUAUCGCCCUCCACGCCGCCGGCUCCGAGGACGGUGCUCAGUACUACAUGUCUUGCUAUCAGUUGAAGAUUGAGGGCACUGGUACCGCCAAGCCUGAGGGUGUUGCUUUCCCUGGUGCCUACAAGGCCACUGAUCCCGGUGUGUUGAUCAACAUCUACAACACCAUCACCAACUACGUCAUUCCCGGUCCUGCUGUCUACGCUGCUGGUGGCUCCUCCGGCUCUGCCCCUGCCCCCGCCCCCGCUCCCUCCGCCCCGGCUGCUGCUCCCUCCGCCCCGGCUGCUGCUCCCUCUGCCCCGGCUGCUGCUCCUUCUGCCUCCGCCCCGGCUGCUGCCGCGCCCCCCGCUGCCGGAGGCCCCUCUACCCUCGUCACCAGCGUCGCCGCCUCGGCCACUCCCACCGCUGCUCCCAGCGCCCCUGCUGCCCCCGCCCCUGCUCCCAGCAAGCCCUCCGGCUGCAAGCGCCGCCGUGCCCGCAAGGCCCGCCGCUCUGCCAAGUACUAG